UCUCGAGACCCAAUGUUUGACGUUGUCGUUGAGCAGGCAACGCUGAUUGGUGGAAUGGACUGUCACUCCUAUCCCCAUGCUCUUGCUUCCGGAGGCGAAUCUCAAUCUCUGUUACUGCUCAGUAGUUGGUCGCCGGCCUCUGCUGCGGGCGGCGCCGCUGGGUAGGGGCCCGCGGAGAGCUCGCUCCCUGGAGGUGGUAGGACGGAGCCGCUGCUGGCCGCGCCGGCGGCUGUUUACUGUGUGGCUGCCCGGCCGGCGGGGCAAGGCAUUCUGUAAAACUUCAAGAUGAGCCCAACGCAGUGGGACUUCCCUGUGGAACUAUGUUGUCGACCUAUGGCCUUUGUAACCCUCACUGGCUUGGAUGUAGUAUAUAAUGCUGUUCAUCGUGCAGUUUGGGAUGCCUUUUGUGCAAACAGGAGAGCUGACAGAGUACCAAUUUCUUUCAAAGUUCUUCCUGGUGACCAUGAAUAUCCAAAAUGCAGAACAAAGAGAACAUCCUAUGAGUGGUACAUUCCAAAAGGGAUAUUGAAGACUGGCUGGAUGAACAAACAUCUGAAUCUGGUGCCAGCUCUUGUUGUGGUGUUCUAUGAACUGGACUGGGAUGAGCCACAGUGGAAAGAAAAACAGUCAGAAUGUGCUACUAGAGUUGAAAUUGUCAGGCAAAGUUUGCAGGGAAGAAACACAAAAGUUGCUGUGGUUUUGAUUCAAAAGAAAACACCCUUACCUCCAGGGGAGGAUGUUAUUGCUUCAGAAAGAGCAGCAGCUUUAUGUAAUGCUUGUGACCUCUCUGGAAAAUCCUUGUUUGUGCUGCCACACACUGAUCAUCUGGUUGGUUAUAUUAUAAGAUUAGAGAAUGCUUUUUAUGAGCAUGCACAGACCUACUACUAUACAGAAAUAAGAAGAGUAAAAUCUCAUAAAGAAUUCUUGAAUAAAACAACACAUCAGCUUUUAUUUGUGAGACAUCAGUUCAAAAUAGCAUUCUUCAGUGAGCUGAAACAGGAUACACAGAAUGCUCUAAAAAAUUACAGAACUGCAUAUAAUCUUGUACAUGAAUUGAGGGCGCAUGAAACGAACAUGUUGGAAAUCAAGACCAUGGCAGGAUUUAUAAACUACAAGAUUUGUCGCCUCUGUUUUCAGCAUAACACCCCAUUGGAUGCAAUUGCUCAGUUCAGGAAGCACAUUGACUUGUGCAAGAAAAAAAUAGGCAGUGCAGAGUUGGCUUUUGAGCAUGCUGCCUGGAUGUCUAAACAAUUUCAGGCCUUUGGAGACUUGUUUGAUGAGGCUAUUAAACUAGGCUUGACAGCAAUUCAGACUCAGAAUCCAGGUUUCUAUUACCAGCAAGCGGCAUACUACGCACAGGAGCGGAAGCAACUAGCAAACGUACUCUGUAACCAUGACUCUUCUAUCAGCUAUCCCAAUCCGGAUCCACUGGAAACUCAAACUGGAGUGCUUGACUUCUAUGGACAGAGAUCAUGGCGUCAGGGAAUACUAAGCUUUGAUCUUUCUGAUCCAGAAAAAGAAAAGGUGGGAAUUCUAGCCCUGCAACUAAAAGAGAAAAUUGUUCCUCACUCUGAGCUAAUAAUCACUUUGCUGAGUAAUGCUGUAGCACAGUUCAAGAAAUACAAAUGUCCAAGGAUGAAGAGUCACUUAAUGGUUCAGAUGGGUGAAGAAUAUUAUUAUGCUAAAGAUUACACCAAAGCUCUGAAGCUGUUGGAUUACGUCAUGUGUGAAUACCGUAGUGAAGGAUGGUGGACUCUCCUUACUUCCAUAUUGACCACAGCUCUCAAAUGUUCUUACCUUAUGGCACAAUUAAAAGAUUACAUUACUUAUUCUCUAGAGCUGUUGGGUAGAGCAUCCACUUUAAAAGAGGACCAGAAGUCUCGGAUAGAAAAGAACCUGAUUAAAGUUCUUAUGAAUGAGAGCCCAGAUCCUGAACCUGAUUGUGAUGCUUCUGCUGUGAAAACGUCACAGAAGCUGUGGACUGACCGCAUUUCCCUAGCAGGCAGCAAUAUUUUUACAAUAGAAGUUCAAGAUUUUGUACCAUUUGUGCAAUGCAAAGCAAAGUUUCUUGCUCCAAGUUUUCAUGUUGAUGUGCCUGUUGAGUUCGAUAUUUACUUGAAAGCUGAUUGUCCUCAUCCAAUCAGGUUUUCUAAACUAUGCGUCGGCUUCAAUAACCAGGAAUACAAUCAGUACUGUGUGGUAGAAGAAGCAUAUCAGAAAAGUGAUAUUCUGGAAUAUUCAUCCCAGGGACCAGUGUGCCUAGUCCCUGGUAAAACAAGAAAAUUCACUUUCAGAUUUGUUGCAAAAAGUGAAGAUGUGGGAAAGAAGAUUGAGAUCACCUCUGUGGAUUUAAUCCUGGGCACCGAAACUGGCAGAUGUGUGAUUCUGAAUUGGCGUGGAGGAGGAGGAGAUGCUGCUUCAUCUCAAGAAGCAUUGCAGGCAGCUCGCUCCUUCAAACGGCAACCUAAACUUCCAGAUAAUGAGGUUCAUUGGGACAGCCUGACUAUUCAGGCAAACACUAUGAUCAUUUCUAGAGUGCCAAAUAUUUCUGUUCAACUCCAGCAUGAACCUCCUGCCCUGACUAAUGAAAUGUAUUGUUUGAUUGUGACAGUCCAGUCACAUGAGAAGACAGUUGCCAAAGAUGUGAAGCUCACGGCAGGUUUAAAACCAGGGCAAGAUGCCAAUCUGACUCAGAAAACUCAUGUGACCCUUAAUGGAACAGAAAUCUGUGAUGAUUCUUAUCCUGCAUUGCUUCCUGAUAUCCCUGUAGGAGAUUUACAGCCAGGAGAAAAGCUGGAAAAAGCAGUAUACAUUCGUUGUGGAACAGUUGGUACCAGGAUGUUUCUGGUCUAUGUUUCCUAUUUAAUCAGUGCUACUGUUGAGGAAAAAGAGAUAAUCUGCAAGUGCCACAGGGAUGAAACUGUAACUAUAGAAACUGUAUUUCCCUUUGAUGUUGCUGUUAAAUUUGUUUCUUCAAAGUUUGAACAUUUAGACAGAGUCUUUGCAGACAUACCCUUUUUACUGAUGACAGACAUUCUGAGUGCUUCACCUUGGGCUCUCACUAUUAUAAAUAGCCAGCUACAACUUUCAGCUUCCAUGGUACCAGUAGACCAACUGGAAUCUUUUGUGGAGAAUGUUGUUUUGCAGACAGGCGAGAGUGCUAGUGAAUGCUUUUGCCUUCGGUGUCCACAAGUUACUAAUGGUCAAAGUGGAGUGGCUACCGGACGUUAUGUAAUCUCCUGGAAAAGGAGUUCAGCUGUGGAAAGUGUACCUGUGGUUUGUACUGUGAUCACUCUACCACAUGUGAUUGUAGAGAGCAUCCCACUCCAUGUUAAUGCAGAUCUGCCAUCAUUUGGUCGAGUCAGAGAAUCCUUGCCUGUCAGAUAUCACCUGCAAAACAAGACCAGUUUAGUCCAGGAUGUGGAAAUAUCAGUGGAGCCAAGCGAUGCCUUCAUGUUUUCAGGUCUUAAACAGAUACGAUUGCGAAUCCUUCCUGGCACACAGCAGGAAAUGUUAUAUAACUUCUACCCUCUCAUGGCUGGAUAUCAGCAGUUACCAUCUCUUAAUAUCUUGCUGCGGAUCCCAAACUUCACUAAUCAGUUGCUCAGACGAUUCAUACCAACGCACAUUUUUGUAAAGCCACAAGGUCGCCAAGCUGAUGAUACUUCUAUCGCAGCUGCAUAACUGCAGACAUGGACUUAUGCACUAGAAGGAAAUGGGAUGUUGCACAGAAUGUAUAAAAUUUUGCUCUUUGAACCAUAGCUUUGAUCAAACUUUACGAAUUAAACUUUUAUUUUUAAAUUACAAUUAUGAGCGCUAUCAGCAGAACUAAUGUUUAAACAUUUAAUUUUUCAUAAAAUUUCACUAAUGAAUAAAUAUACGGAAUAAGUUGGUGCUCUGUUUAACAUGAACAUUCUUUCUCUUGAAGUUAAUUUCAUGAAUGUUAAAUGCUUUUAAGAAGUAGUAUUAUAUGGAAUGUCUUGAGAAUGAAAAUGAAGAAAACCAAGUUCACUUGCCCAAAAAAGAGAAGUGCCACUUUCUUCAUUAAUGAUGGCUUGAGGUGCAAUGUCUGUGCUUUUUGUUAUCAGGAUUUACAGCAUUGAAAGUGAUCGUAUCUGAUAAACUUAUUUUUUUGCCAUUUAUGUUCAGAGGGUAGAACAGCGGGCAGCAGCCUGGACUCUCAGAUCUAUAAAUGACUUACUACUACAGAUGGAACUGUUGGCAUUGAGUGGCUUCCUAAUGCUUUAAGCAGAGUCAUUAAUUUAAAAGGCUCUCUUUUUACCAGGAGAACUGUACUUCAAAAUGUUUCACUCAGCAGUGACUAGUCAGUAAAAUAUGGAGUCUUUGUGAGCAGCUUCAUUAAUUACAGUUGUACUAUCCAACAUUAACCUGAAAUGGUUUGAAUUGUUAAAAAUGCAUUGCUUCCAGGUUAAAGAAACGUUUUGACAGUAUUCUGCUGUGGCAGUUUAGAGGUACAUCUUUGUGUAGCUUCACAAGCUGGUAUUUAAAAUAUUCACAGUCAAUCAUGUAAAUAAAAAUUAUGUUGUGAAAUCUUCCAUUGUUUAACUUUCUAAAUAGUUAAAUUAAAGAAGUGAAUUUUGAUCUCCUGGAAAUUAUCGUAUUUAUUGUCCAAGUGAAGUUAUAUUAAACAACUUAUUGUAACUGAAUAUUUGUGAAACUGAGCUGAAUGUGUUCAUUUCCCAGUUAUAUUGAUUUUUAUGUAAUGGAUAACUGUCUAGUGUGGUCCAGUGGCUUAGUGGAUAAGAUUCUGAACUUGAUUCUCUUUUAUGUCUGCCUUCAGUAUCCUUUAGGACAGAGAUUCCCAAACUUUUCUUAUUGCAUACCUCCUUCCAGAUCUACCAGCUGCCCACACAUCCCUACUCUUUUCAUCACUGAUAUUGUGUUCUUCUUAACACUACCUGUCUUUAGCCAUCUGUCCAUAUUUCACCAUUAUGUACAGAUAUAGUUAUUGUGUGACCUAUACAACCGAAAAAAAACCAACCCCUAACAGAGUUCUGAGUUUGAUUAGGCUUGACUGUUGUUGAGCAACUGAACCCGCACUGUACAAUGAUUGGAGGUGAGGGCUCUGUACGUCAGUGCUCUGUGUUUCAGUGUUCUCAUUGCUAUGUCUUGAAGUAAAUUAACUACCAUAACGAGUUUUAGAUAACGAGUUCCCACACAGCGGUAAAGCUCGUCUGAGUAGGCUAUUAUGAAAAUGCGAUACAGAAAGUAAUGCAUAAAUAAAAGCCACCGUUACACAAUUUCUCCUGCGUACCACCCUUCCCCCCAAGAUGUCUUGCGUACCCCCAGGGGUAUGAGUAGCACAGUUUGGGAACCCCUGCUUUAGGGGACCGACCCUUAACAUUAUUUAGACAAAAACUAUAGUGAAGCCAGUAAAAGUUUUUGCUUGUAAGGACUUCAGGGUCUAGCCCUAGAUGGCUGAUUUUAGAAUGGCAGUAGGAGAUUGAAGGCAGUUGUAUACCACUCACUUCUCAGAGCUGAAUAUAGCAUUUCUGUGGCGUACAUAUGAGGCUGGAGGGAGGUUGUUGGUUAUUAGCAUGAAGGAGAAGAGGGCUGCAAAUCCUAUUGGUCUCUUUCACUCUUUUCUCCCUGAUGCUUUCAGUUGCGUUUUAUCCUGUAGUCAAAUAAAGGGAGUUAAAAUGCAUUUUCAGGUGGCUGGUGUACAGCAUUUGAGUCCAGAAGUGCACCUUUCAACCUUUUUUUUUUUUUUUUUUUUUAAUAGAAGUGAAACAUAUUUUGCCCUCUUGGAUUGUCCUUGGUUUCCAACAAAAUUUUUUGUUCAAACUGCAGUUCAGGCUGAAAGAAACUUCGCUGAGGCUUCUAUGCUAUGCUACCUUUUCUGAAAGUGUUUAGACAGCUAUAAAAUAGAGAACUGAGAUACCUUUCCUAUGUAACAUUCUAAUAGUAAAUUAUAAUGACUUGUAUCCUUUUGAAAGGAUACAGGGUAUGUGCAUGGGUAUUUAAACACCUUCUCUCAAUUCCAACAACUUGAAAUAUGUCUAGGAACAGUGCAGAUUACCAUCUCUUAUAAAAUCAAAUAAAUUAGGCAAAAUUAUAGGAAGGGUAUAUUGAAGAUCAGAAGUACAAUUUAUAAUGAACAUUAUAUAGUUAACAGUAAUAAACUAACCAGAAAUGUGAACUUGUAAUAUACACUGUGUAGGAAAAAAUACCCAAGGAUUGUAUUUCCCUACCCAUUGUUCAUAUUUUUCUCUUUUCUCCCUUCCCCCUUUUUCCUCUUCCUCUUCCCCUUCUCCCCCUCCCGCUCGAAAGUUAUCACUUUGGUUUGUUUGAUUCUACUCAGACUAAACACCGCAGAGCAAGGGUCUUGUUUUAUUUGCCCAUAUGGCACCAGGCAUGCCUGUUGUGCUACAAAAAUAAAAGCAUUAUCCAUAUUAAACCCCAUAUUGUUUGUUUGCCCAGUUUACCAAAAUCAGCUUUUAUGAUUUCUUCUGGAAUGAGGCCUCAAACUUUAGACUCACCUGAAUAUAUUUUUUAAAUUGGAACCUGCUAUAAGUUGCAUGUAACAUCAAAGGGAAAUAAGCUACUUUUUAAAAGGCAUUUUUAUCAAUGUAACUUUCCACAUGCAGUCGUAAGCAUAACAUUGUGUACGUUUGUACAAGGUCUAGUUUGGCUACAUGUUAAAACUCCUACUUUAUGCAGAUCAAAGUUGAUACCCAUUUAGGAGAUGAAUUACAUGUUUUAGUGAUUGUUACGGCUUUCAAGAGGAGUUGCUUCCCAGUCACUUAGCUGUCCUUGCUUUGUCACAAGAUGAUAUUGCAUUGGCCAAAAGAGGUGGAUUCCAGGUAGAGCAAGAGCUAAAGGCCAGAAACUGAAAGCUCAGGUCUGUUGGUCAAUUUUUACUUUUUUCUUUCCCCCGUCCCCUUUUUCUUUUUCUUGAUGGGGGGGAAUUAGUGCCCUGAAGGAAUCAGCAUUUUUUAACAGCCUUCCAUUCUGAAAUUAAACGUGGCAACUAAUAUGCUCUUAAAUGAGUUUUAAAAGGUAUUGCUCAUUCAUGCUUUAUAGCCUAACCAAACGUUGCAUAAAAUUUGCAGAAAUGUGCUUUACAGCCCUACUGUACAGAAAGUGCAGGAUGCUUGCAGUAUCUAACCUUUAUAACCCACUUAGUAAAGAACAUUUAAAAAGUGGUAAUUGCAUAUGCUCAUUUUGUUUUGGUACGAUAUUAUAUUCUGAAAUGCCAUUUAAUGACUCAAGAUCUUACAACAUACUGUCUGCUCUGUUUCAGGUGUUUCUUUUUUUUAAUAAAAGUGAAUUAACUAUUCUUCCCUGGAAUGAAUGAAAAUGCUAUGUAUGCAAAUGUCUUUCCCUCAAAUAAAUCAAUGAAAAUCU